AUGAAAUUCUCAUUACUUGCUAUCACCACAUUCGCUUCUAUUGCUUCUGCUGCACCAUUUAAUGAUGAGAAUCCAGGGUUUGUUAAGGCUCAACUUACCAAACGUGAAUUCAAGGACCCAUCGGUUUCACAACUUUUCCGUCGUGGACAGAUCAACACACCUCUUUAUAACCAAGUCUCCUAUUACCAAAUUGAAUUAGAGGUGGGGAAUCCCCCUCAAAAGCUUCAAGCCCUUCUAGAUACUGGUUCCAGUGAUAUGUGGUUUUUUUCCAAUUAUGUCGGGGCCGGUAAUGCUGCUACAUUUUCUCCUCAAAGAUCAAACACAUGGCACAACAACUAUACUCAGUUUACUAUCUCUUAUGUUAGCGGUAGUGCACAGGGUACAUGGGGAACCGACGAAGUUAGCAUUUCUGGUUCUAAAAUUAAAGGGCAAAGCUUUGCCAUUGUUACAUCAGGUAAUGGAUUAACGGGUAUCCCUGGCCUCAUUGGCACAGGCCUUCCAGCAUUGGAAAGCACAAAUAACAACUUCAACUUUUUCCAGCCGCGCCACACCUACUCUAAUGUUCCGCUAAGCUUAUUUGAACAAGGUCAUAUUGGAACCCCUACAUACUCUCUUUACUUGGAUACUAUUGAUGCAAAGGCUGGAACAGUGUUGUUUGGAGCCAUUGAUCAUUCCAAAUAUAAGGGAAAGAUGUACUCUGUUCCACGAGUCCACAAUAGCCGUUUUAACAUCAACAUUGACGACAUUCAAGUCAAUGGCAAUUCUGUUGGCAGUACUUCUAGCGCCACUCUUGAUUCUGGCACCACACUUGGUUCUCUUCCUGAUAGUGUAAUUAGUGGGCUUGUGAGCUCACUUGGGCUACAACAGGACUAUUCCAACAAUGGCAUUUACUAUGCUCGUCGAAAUUCAUUUAGAGGUGACACUCCAGUAACAUUUAGCAUUUCAGGUGUCAAGUUUAAUAUUAAAGCCAGCGAUUUGUUUAUUGACUCUGAAAAACUUGGUGACCCAUUUCCUGCAGGCCUAUCUAUUCUUGGGUUUUCACCUGCUUCUCAAACUCAAGGUCAAGUCAUUCUUGGUGAUGUCUUUUUGCGUAACUUUUACAUUGUAUAUGACUUAAGUAACCCGCAACUGGGAAUUGCUCUUGCAAACUUUAACCACACGAGUGUCCCACAGUUUGAUCCCAUUACUACCUCUGUUAUUCCUCGUUCACAAGUCGUUGCUGCCACCAAACUAGACACUACUCAACCAGUUCAAAAUACUCAAGCUAAUCCUUUUGCAAGAUUGUUUGGUCCAUUCCGUGGCCUUUUUGGAAACGGUCUCUUUGGAAAUAAUUUAUUUGGUAAUAGCCUCCUUUCACCAAAACAGGCUGCUACUGUCCAGGAAAAGCUUGAUACUCCAGAAAGUGAUGCUAGUACAGAAGAAGCCAUUAGAAUGGUUAAGAAGUCUAUUGAAGACCAGCUUCUUGUGUUUGACCAGAACUAA